AUGUCAGGCUCGGUUUCCGGAAGGUUCCGGCGCUUCUACGAGCGCAGCGACCUGCCCAUCUCGGUGCACCACGGGAACUCCCCGAGCAUCGACUGGAAGGCGCGGAGCGAGAGGUUCAGCCGAGAGGUUGAGCCGGAGCGCCUGGAUUACAUCUACCUCCUGCCCAUCUUCUUCGACGGGCUCAUAGAGAAAGAGGCCCCGUCCAGGCCCCAGCAACGAACCAGCGGACCGGCUCCAUCAGUGUGA